GAGCCCACCGCGAGGGCUGGGUUUUUACUCUAAUUGUUGUAUGUCUGAUACCUCUGACUUGGCCAUAUUAUCGCUUUCAAGUGUGAGCAGCCAAGGUGCUUUGAGAAGUACAACACCACCAUCAUCACCUCUAACACCUUCACCUUCAUCCUCAACACUUGCAUUUCCACCUCAAAACCCUAUCCCUACACACACUACCGCUACUGCAAUGACUACACCUCAACACCUAGGUGUAAUCGACCUACCAAUCCCUGGCACGAAGAAUGCUCCGAAGAAAUUCAAAGGAAAGUACUCAGAGAUCAAGCCUUUUGUCCAGCACUACGAAAGACUCUGUCUUCAGAAAGGAGUGACCGAUGCUCAAGAGAAGAUAGAGAAUAUUACGCAGUACUGUUCAAGGGAUGCACGAGAAUUUAUGGAAGGACUUUCAAGCUAUAAGUCAGGAAACUGGGAUCAGUUUACCAGAGACCUUUUGGAGUUCUAUGAUGCUGAAAGAGACUCAAAGAGAUACCGCCCCAAAGACCUCGUCAUAUAUGUCAAGAACUGGAAGUCUGACCACAAGACUAUUCGUAAUCUUUCAUCCUGGAAAGAAUACAAUCGAGGCUUCAUCAAGAUUGCUGGAUGGCUUAAAAAAGAAGGAAAGAUUACUGAGGACACUCAGGCAAUUACCUUCUGGAAGGGAAUCCCUAAACCCUUUAGACAUCGACUGGAAGCAAGAUUACUUGCCAAGACUCCAGAUCAUGAUCUCAGCAAUCCAUUCAGCAUGGAAAGCAUCCACAAAGCUGCUAAAGCUCUCCUGCAGCGCAACCGCUUUGAUAGAGAGGGAUAUCUGUCAGAUGGUGAGGAUGACGAAAGUGAAGAUGAAGACUCUGAAGAUAGUGACCGUGAUUCAGAAAGUUCUGACUCAGAUUCUGAUAGCUCAGAUGAUGAGAAAAUAGCACAGCAUGUGAAGAAGUUGAGGAAGAAGUGGAAGGAAAAGAUGAGUAGAGAGAAGCUGAAGAAGAAGAAGAAAUCAGAGCAAGAAGAGAAGCCCGAGGCCAAGAUCAACAAGAGUGCAAGACCAACCAGGAAGAAGGAAAAGGACAGUGAGGUUGAGGAACUUAUCAACCAGCUCAACAAGAUGUCACUUGAGGAUCCUGCCUAUGCGAUAUCCUACUUCAGAGCCUGUCGACUCGAUCCCUUGGUUGCUGAUAUUGUACCAAAGCCUAAUGAACGUCAUCAAAGGAUAAAUGCUCAACCUUCUGGACAAUUCUUCAAUAAUAGCUCUAGACCUCCAAUGCAAAGGCAGAUGCCUCCUCACAUGGAUAAUGCACCUACUGGUGAUAGAAGAUGUUUCGGAUGUGGCAUUGUGAGUCGAGAUCCUGCCGGACGCUAUGUCAUGGCAAAUGGACAACCGAUCAUGAAGAUUGCAUUUGAUGAACCUUUGGCAACUGCUGCAGUACGUUUGCAUCCUACACCUCAAGCCAACUUUAUAGCUGUCAAUCAUGCCACUAUUGAAGAAGUAACAGAUGAGGACUAUCAAGAAGUAGGUGAAGAUGGAGAACUAAGUGAUGAUGAAGGAGAUGGAAGAAAUGCCGCUUGGCCUGUGACUCGAACUCCCAAGUCUACUACUGCUGCUAGAAAGGAAAAGUUCGAAGGAGUCUUAAUGCCCCCAAGAAAAUUUCUAGACAAAAGGGACGAGAAAACAAGAUCAGCAAAGGGAAACAAAGAGAACGUACUUCCAAGAAAGAAGAACUUUGAGUACCCAUCUAAUGGAAAGAUACCUGAACCUGUACCUGUUGAUGUGGAAAGAGAUAUUCCAGUUGACAAUCAUUCAGAUAUCAUCAUGGAUGAGGAACUUGGAAUGCGAGAGCCACUCGGUGAAAGGAAUGCUUCAAAGAACUUGGAGAAUCAUUCACCUGAGAAGAGAAUUCCUCGACGUUCUGAGAUUCAAGCUCAGGUCGAUCGUCUCAAUGUGCUCACUAAAGUCUUGAAUACACCUGUUACCUUAGCUGUUGGAGAAGUCUUUGGAAUGUCAAAGGAAAUGAGCACACACCUCCUGGAUGUCCUUAAGCCUAAGCCUGCCACUAAACUUCAACAUGUUCCAAAAGCUACUGCGGCAUUAGCAAGAACCUCUGCCAGUUUUAAUUCUUCAGCAGUCUCAGCUUCCUUUAUUGCACGGUCAAGAGGCACUCUCAUUAAAUUGAAGAUGCAUUGUGACAAUGUACCUGUUGAUGCUAUCAUUGACACUGGAUCUCAGCUCAAUAUUGCACAUGAACAAAUCUGGAAGGACGUACUUGCAAGGCCAAUGGAUAAAGGACGAAAGAUUAGUAUGAGUGAUGCCAAUGGUGGAGAAGGAAUGCUAAGUGGACUUGUGCCCAAUGUACCUCUCAACUGUGGUGGAGUACUCACUCAUGCAAAUAUCUAUGUCGGAACUCAAGUUCCAUUCAAGCUUCUAUUAGGACGACCCUGGCAAUGUGGUAAUUAUGUGUCCAUUGAUGAACGAGAGGAUGGUACAUACCUUCUUUUCAAGGACAAGCACUUGAAUGUGCGACAUGAAUUACUGGUCAAUCCUGAACCUACCAAUCCUAGCCUGAAUGAGAUCUCUGACUACCUCACAUAUUCUUCCCCUGCAAGAGUAGGUCUUGUGCAAGCUGAUGAAGGACUGACAAUUGAACCCGACAUUCCAGAAAAGCUUCUUGAAGAAGAGAUAGUAGAUGAACGAGAACCACGACCAUUUCAACAUGCAUUUGAUGUCAGGACUCAAAUGUGGAUGCAUAGGUUCUUCUUCUCCCCAUCUCAAUAUGACCGACCCAUGCUAGUCACCAUGCUGCUACCUUUUCACCAUAGCAAUCCUACUCCAGGCAUCCUUGACAGAUAUGCAAUUGAAGGAAGAGAAGGUAUUGGGAAAGUCUCCUUCUCAGCUUUACAUGAGAAGAUUGAUUCUCUUCAUAGACUCAAGAAGGCUCCAAAAUUCCGUUUAAAUCUAGGAACUUUCAAUGCAUUUCCUCUGCAAUCAGAUUCUACUGAACCUGCCAGGCAUCAAGUUGAAUCGUUCCUUAUAAAUGAUGCAACUCUCAUCUAUGCCAAACCCGGAUCUGAGCUACCAACAGCUGUACAGUAUGUGGAUGCCUACCUGCAGUUCAAAGACAGUCUGGAACAUGAUCUGGAAAAUCACGAAUGGAAAGGACCUAUUUUGGUUCCAGCAGAAGGUCCUCCUGACCCUACUGACAAGAGUCAAAAGCCUGAGGGACAUCCGGAUAGUCAAGCAGAGUCUACCAAAGGAGAAGAUGAUGAUGCUCCAGAAUUACGGCCAUUUCAAUUUGAUACAUUUAAUGUCAAGACUCAAAUGGACAUGGACCAAAUGUAUUUCUCAGCAUUCCCAUACGAUCGACCUUCAUUGACCUCUAUACCAGUACCCUUUGAAGAUAAUAACCCUACUCCUGCCCUUCUUAGGAUAUAUGCAAGUGAAAGUACAGAGGAUGUUGGACAGACUAAAUCUGAAGAACUUCACUCCAAGAGUAUGUCCAUAAUUUGGCGUAACAAGACACCUCAAUUUUGUCUAACUCUAGGGACAUAUGAAGCUUGUCCUGUAUUAACAGAGUUUACCGAACCAACACGACGACGAGUGGAUGCAUUCAUCAUAAAAGGAGCUACUCUAAUUUAUGCUGAACCAGGGUCAGUUCGACCAACGGCUGUACGACAUGUGGAUGCAUAUCUCCAAUUCAAGAAGAGUCCUGGAUAUCCUUCUGGAGACUAUGAGUGGAACGGUCCUAUUUUUGUCCCAGUAGAACCUGUUCCUGAGACUACCGAGGACAAGAUGGAAAUCAUCAAACAACCUAGCGGACAGCAAGAUGAUCAACCUGGACUCUUUGACAGCAAGAGCAAAAAUCAAGCCAAGGAAAAUAGCCUGCCUGAUGAAUUUGAUUCAGGACCCUCUAAGACUGCUUCCUUAAGUUUUGAUGAGCUUGAUCCUUUAGACAUGACUCCACGUUUGCCAAGUGCAGAUCAAUAUCUAAAAACUGAAAUUGAGCUGAGCAUUCAGCGUGAUAAAGAAGAACGAGACCCAUCUGAAGCACUUGCUGCACGAAAUUUGGUCAUACAGUUGAAUUCAACCGGGGAGACCAAUGAUGAAGUCUUGCGAAUACGUGGUGGUUGUUCCAGAAGUGAUGACAGUGGAGAUCUUGACUGGAACCUAAAUGAAGACUAUCGCCAACUUCGACAGAGCAGACAUGGCCCAGAAGAGGAUUUGUUGAAUAAGAUUUCUACUCAUUCAACUGGAACUACACACCGUGAAGACCACAAGGGAAAAGAGACAUACAACAUCAUACCCGAAUUUUCUAAAGACUUAGACAGUCUUCAGAAAGAUUUUAAUUUGACAGUCGAAGUCAAUGACAAAAAUUGGGAUAAAGCUAAUGGAAGGCUAUAUGUACAGGAAACCCCAUAUCUGACUAACGACGCGGCUCUCUUUUGUUCACUUUUUGGACUGAACCCUUCUUCCAGUGUUCCAGGACCAACGGACGAUAUUCGCCAUACAGAAAAUCGACAGAUUGACCUGCAAAACUUGGAGGAAGUCAGUACGAGUAAUUUGGAUGCCGAGAACGGGACAACUUACCUGACCGGAGAUGCAGACAAAGGACAAUACCUUGACGUCCAUGUUGACGCGUCAAAGAUGUCUAUGAUAAAAGAAAAUGCAGUAUUUGACCAGUCAGUACACCCCCCCUACGUACCGCACUCAAAGGAGGUCUCAUUCAAUAGGCAUCGCGGCGGAGAAAACCUGCCAUUCUUCAUGCUUAAUAGAGAAGACGCCGGUUGGACCAGAACAGAAGAAAUCGGAAGAAACGGGAGAAACACUUACGAAGAAUUUAGGCCUACGCUCGGUGAACGAGACCGUCCCUCUAAUUCGGACCCGAAUAGAAAUCGCGUCUCGCAGACGACGAGUGGAGAUCGCCUGCGAGAAUCAAUUUGGUCCGCGUUCUCGAAUUUCGACGCGGAAACCUUAGCAUAUUUGUUGACGAGGGUGCGGACGCUCCUGGGCGAAGUCUCCAUUGAAUUAGGCCUUAAAAGAAUAUAUGAGUAUGCGAAUGGGAUCGGCCUGCUUACCGUCAAUAACAAAGUCGAAAUGGAGAACACCGUCGAGGACGCGCAAGCCCUCCACUCGAAGACAGGGGAUCUACUUAGAGAAAUAAAAGGAUUGACGAAAGGAAUAGGUCAGUGUGGCCGUCCUAGAACUGCCAUCUGUCUUGAAGAACCCGAACGACAGCUCGAACGUACCUUAGUUACCCGCGCAAUGGCACCAAUCCCUUCCUUCGCUACUCAUCCCCCUCCUCCUCGGUUUGCGGUAACCGAAUACGGCCUACGUGCACUCGCUCCUUUUGCAGCACUAGCCGGUAUGUCGAAUCGUCCCCCUCCUAUCCCGCGUGACGGACUGAAUCAAUCCCACCUAUCUGGAACACCUCCCUUGGAUUCGGAAUAUCCUACUUGCCAAGUGUCAAUCACCUCUGGUAAAGCUCAAGCCUUACCGUCGACAGAAAGUAAAGAAGGUACGACGUACUCUUAUAUUUUUGAUGACGCUACGCUCGUCCACGCACCCUCCAUAUGGACCGGAGAGCCCGACGUCCGUCGUGUCCGCGGUAUGCUAAACGUCGUGGUAGACCGAGAGACCGAGAUCGCUGAACCCACUUGGGAAGGGCUCGCGCUCGCUCUGGAUGAAGAACAAGAUCUAAAGACGAGAGAAGUCAGGGAGGAAAUAGAAGACGAUGACGUACCUAUGCUUAGUUUAGAGGAAGAGGAACUAGAAGAGGGAGAAAUAGAGGAAGAAUGGAAAAGGCAGAGGAAGGAACGUAUGAAGGAACUCUAUUCGAUCGAAGAGAAUGAUCGAGACUCGUGGCCAGACCCAGAGUCCCAGAUCUCCGCUGUACCUCCGAUUUCCACGGAAAUCAGGCUUGAUUCCGCAUCCCCGAACUCCCUCAAAUGCUCGGCCGACCCAAGCCUUAACCCUAGCAGACCGUCCGGCGCUACAGGCUUCAUCGAUUGGGACUCUAAGUCUCGAUCGUACUUCGAACAGUCUCUCUAUUCUCAGUCACCUCAGACGCUUCCCCCUCCUCUAGCUUUUCCACUAGGACCUCCUCGACCUCCUCCCUCGCCUGACGCCUCCGCCGGAUCAUGCGCAUUCGUGUCCCAAGAAGACCAGACGGAUGAAGAUGACGAGGUAGUAUUGGUAGAAAGGAAUGGGGUAAACGGACCUCAGACGUUAAGGUACGUACCUCCUCAUCGCCGUAAACUGACAUCUAAGCUAGGUACAUCCUCGGAGAAUGUUUCUCUCCUCGAGGACCCAGUGGUUCAACGUAAACCCACACCAUCCUACUACAGGAGCCAGGAUCCACGCCGACGAAAUGGACAUUUGAGAUCGGACCACGCAGCGGUGCGUGCAGAACUGCUGUCUCUUGCCUCCUGCUGUCCGUCAACGACCCCCUGCUCUACGCCGGAGUACUCCCCCACGAUCUGGUCACUUCCCCCAGCAGCUCCUCCAGUAUCGGCAUUCACGGCUAAUGUAAACGUACCUACACUGGAAGGCCUUCGAACCACAUCCCCUUCGGACGACUUUACGCUUGAUAGCUCCCUACGCCGCUUCUGGAACGAGGCAAGAAGGUCCCUAUUUCAAGAAGACCUCCCCGCGUACGUCCCUCUUGACUCAACGGGCAAGAAGACUACUUACGGUGACGACGUAUCGAUGCAUUCGACGAACACCCCCUCAAUCAAAUCUCAUCUACCUUCUGUCACAAUGACCCCCACUCUACCUGGACAACCUGUCUCCAGGCAGAAACAACGCGAGCUCGAACAUGAGCUCGAUAAGAUUCUCGCGGUAGCCCCCAGUCCCGAAGAGACUAAGGAUGGACACGACGACUCUGAAGAAUCGGAAUGGUCCAACACGGAUCUUCAGGCCCUUCAAUACACCCAACCCCUUAUCGUUAACGGUAAUCCUAUAUUCCCCAUUCGAUCUGGAUCCCUUCCCUUCACGUACAUCUCCCUUCGCUCUGAACGGCUUCUUAAUCCCCUUCCGCCUCGCGACACCGUACCCUUUCUCAACAACAUCUGGCAUGGCCAGGAUGACCUCAAGACCAGAAGGGAAUUCAUUCAGGACUACCAUACGCUAGGCGAAUGGGCCGAGCGGGACCUAUGUCUACCCUUCGUCGCUAGGACCUACGCACGCGGACUCGACGACGACAGCAACAAGGCAACCCCUACCUUCAUGGAGAAGAAGAGGCACAUCUAUGGCAAAUUAAGUAUUUUUACUACUCUACUCGGUCCCACCAGCACUGCAGUUAUUCGACUCACUUUCGCAACCAUAUCGAUGUUAUGCUUCACUUCUGCCCUUAUGGAGAAGAAACCGUGGCCAACAUUCACCGAUGACGUAUCGCUGGUGAACUUGGAGACGUGGGGCAGUCCGCCUAGUGCGACGACCUACCAAUUAACGGAGAUGAGUGGAGCAGAAGUGCUUACUGCUUAUAAGAGAGUCGACAAGAAAGUCAAGCCAGUCCCAGGAGUAUUUCCAGAGGAAUCCCGUGUCCGUCGACAAUUUCCAGAAAACCCUCUCGAUUCCUUGCCACCACUAUCGUGCUGUCCACCCCAGUUCAAGGAAAAUGGUCGGCUGACUCAAGAACGUCUAGAUGGCAUGAACAUAAAUCCAGAUGGAUUUCUUAGCUUGGAAGAAGAAAAUCUGUUUAAGCAUAUCCUUCAGCUUAAUCAAAACAGUCUUGUCUUUGAAGAAGAACAUCGCGGGACCUUUCGAGAAGAUUACUUUACUCCAUACAUUAUUCCAACUGUGCCUCAUAUUCCUUGGGCUUACACCAAUAUUCCCAUACCACCUGGUAUCAGGGAAAAGGUAGUCACACUACUCAAGGAAAAGAUGGCAGCAAGCGUGUAUGAGCAAAGUCAAUCAUCUUAUCGAUCUCGCUGGUUCUGUGUUCUCAAGAAAAGUGGCAAACUUAGGUUAGUCCAUGACCUUCAACCACUGAAUGCAGUGACUAUUCGUGAUGCAGGACUUCCUCCCAUUCUGGAUGCCUUUGUUGAACCCUUCGCAGGACGUCGAUGUUAUACGGCAUUUGAUCUCUAUUGGGGAUUUGAUGCUAGAAAGAUACAUGAGAAGAGUCGCGAUAUGACAGCAUUCCUAUCACCUCUAGGCCUUCUUCGAUUGACUUCCCUCCCUACUGGCUUUACAAAUUCACCUGCCGAAUUUCAAGCUUGCAUGGCUUUUAUUCUUCAAGACGAAAUGCCUCAUACUGCUGACAUCUUCAUAGAUGACCUUCCCAUCAAAGGUCCUCUGACUGAGUAUCUUGAUGAAAAUGGAGUGCCAGAAGUGUUAAAGGAAAACCCUGGAAUCCGAAGAUUCAUUUGGGAACAUGCCUGUGAUGUACAUCGAAUCAUGCAUCGUGUAGGCCAUGCUGGAGGAACAUUUUCACCAAGCAAAGUUCAACUUGCUCGCAGAGAAGUUGUGAUUGUAGGUCACAAGUGUACACCUGAAGGAAGAAUUCCAGAUCCUAACAAGAUUGAAAAGGUUUUAAAUUGGCCCAUCCUUACCACUGUCAAAGAAGUCCGUGGAUUCCUAGGACUUUGUGGAACAGUGCGUAUUUGGAUCAAGAACUACUCAGCCAUGGCUCGACCCUUGACUGAGCUUAUUCGCCAUGACACUGACUUUGAGUGGGAUGACCGUCGACAAGAAGCCUUCGAUAACCUGAAGAUGUUGAUUACCUCUGCACCUGCCCUAAAGCCUAUUGACUACUCCUCUGAUUUGCCUGUAGUUCUCUCUGUGGAUUCAAGCUACAUUGCUGUUAGAUUCAUUCUUUCACAAAGAGAUGAACAAGGACACAAACGGCCAGCUCGCUAUGGAUCAAUUCCUAUGAAUGAACGAGAAGCACGAUACUCCCAACCUAAGUUGGAACUAUAUGGACUCUUUCGUGCCCUUAGAGCAUAUCGCCUCUACCUUUGUCAGCUCAGAAGCACUCGUAAAGUUGAAGUCCCUCUGACAAUCUCUGCACCUGUGACACUGUUCACCAAGAUAUACUUGGAUAUCAUGUUUAUGCCCAAGGCAAAAGGAUUCAAGUAUAUCAUUGCAGCCAGAGAUGAUCUUUCUCGAGCUGCAGAAGGACGUGCCUUAAGAGAUGCAACUUCACAUGCCAUUGCCAAGUUUCUAUGGGAAGAAAUCUUCUGUCGAUAUGGUGCCAUUGGACAAGUUACCACUGACAAUGGACCUGAAUUCAAGAAAGCAUUCAAUACACUUACCAGACGGUAUGGUGUACCUCAAGUUUCAAUAUCUGCCUACAAUUCCAAGGCAAAUGGUGUAGUGGAAAGAGGUCAUGCGAUUAUUCGUGAAUCCAUAGUGAAAGCCUGUGAUGGGAAAGUCAAAGACUGGCCAGACUAUGUUCCCCAUGCUUUCUUUGCAGACAAAAUCACUAUCAGUCGAUCAACAGGAUUCUCACCUUACUAUUUGCUAUUUGGAGUUCACCCAGUCUUACCUUUCGAUCUCUUGGAAGCAUCAUUUCUAGUGGAAGGUUUCCACUCUGGAAUGUCUACAACUGAUUUGCUUGCACUGCGAAUCCAGCAACUUUCAAAGAAGGAUCAAGAUCUGGAAAAGGCUGCAGAAGUUCUCGCAAAGACACGUUUACGCUCAAAGGCUCAAUUUGAGAAGAAGUUUGAGCAUAGAAUUCGAGUUGAAAGUUUCAAGCCUGGAGAUCUCGUACUUGUACGAAACACUGCCAUUGAAAGAUCCUUGAAUCGCAAGACUAAACCCCGGUACUUAGGACCCUAUGAAGUAGUUCGACGGACCUUCAAAGGAGCCUAUAUCGUGAAAGAGCUUAAUGGAAACCUCUGGAAACAGGGAAUAGCGGCCUUUCGAUUGCUACCCUAUAUCUCAAGAGAUGACUCAAGGCUUCAAGAUCUUGCAGGAAGAAUAGAAGAAAUUGGAAGGCCAUCGCAAAAGCAUAUCACUGAAUUUAGUGACUUGGAUUCAAGUGACUCAAGUGAAGAGUCUACUAGCAAUCUUGAAGAUGUCUUCUAUGAGCAUAUAUCAAAUCACUAGACAACAUAGUCUAUGUGAAGAAGUAGUCAAGAACGUACUUGACUAGUGGCUAGAGAAUAUCUGAAUUCUCUAUCUCAAAUACUUCUAGACAGAGUGGUCUAGAAAGAUAUUUUUGUCAAGACCACAUUUCUUCAAUUUGAUUCUCAGAAGAAAAGAUAUCGUCAAGUGAAAUGCCCAAAGAAGUCCAACAAAGUCAUAGAAGAAGA